GGUCCUGGGACCUUUGCCUAUUUUCUGAUUGAUAGGCUUUGUUUUGUCUUUACCUCCUCCUUUGUGGGGAAAACAUCAGUUUUAUCCCAGGUUCCCCUUUUUCAUAUCUUCAUCUUCCCUCUACUCAGAUUGUGAAGAUGGAAAGGGUCCAGCCCCUGGAAGAGAAUGCGGGAAAUGCAGCCAGGCCAAGAUUCGAGAGGAACAAGCUAUUGCUGGUGGCCUCUGUAAUUCAGGGACUGGGGCUGCUCCUGUGCCUCACCUACAUCUGCCUGCACUUCUCUGCUCUUCAGGUACCACAUCAGUAUCCUCGAAUUCAAAGUAUCAAAGUACAAUUUACUGAAUAUAAGAAGGAGAAAGGUUUCAUCCUCACAUCCCAAAAGGAGGAUGAAAUGAUGAAGGUGCAAAACAACUCAAUCGUCAUCAACUGUGAUGGGUUUUAUCUCAUCUCCCUGAAGGGCUACUUCUCCCAGAACAUCAGCAUCAGCCUGCAUUACCAGGAGCAUGAGGAGCCCCUCUUUGAACUGAAAAAGGUCAGGUCUGUCAACUCCUUGAUGGUGGCCUCUCUGACUUACAAAGACAAAGUCUACUUGAAUGUGACCACUGACAAUACCUCCCCGGAUGACUUCUACGUGAAUGGUGGAGAACUGAUUCUUAUCCAUCAAAAUCCUGGUGAAUACUGCGUCCCCUGAGGGGCUGAUGGCAACGUCUAAAAUCAGGCACCAGCACGAACACCAAGUUGGGGGCAGACAGGACACGGAUUCUUCAUUGCAAGUGAAGGAGCCUCCCAGCUCAGCCAUGUGGGAUGUGACAAGAAGCAGAUCCUGGCCCUACUGCCCCUACCCCUCAGGGAUAUUUAAAAUUUAUUUUAUAUACCACUUCAUCUUAUUUAUCCUUAUAUUUCCUAAAUUGCCUAGCCCUCACACCCCAAGAUUGCCUUGAGCCUACUAGGCACCUUUGUGAGAAAGAAAAAAUAGAUGCCUCUUCUUCAAGAUGCAUUGUUUCUAUUGGUCAGGCAAUUGUCAUAAUAAACUUAUUGAAAAUGGCAACUGAUUACCAUUUGCUGGAAAUUUGACAUGUGUGGGGCAUUACCAAAAUGAAGAGGAGCAAGGAGUAAAGGAGCGGGGUUAUGAAUCUGCCAAAGAUGGUGUGAACCAACCCCUGGAAGCCAAAGCGGCCUCUCCAAGGUUAAAUUGGUUGCAGUUUGCGUGCUGCCUAAAUAUAAACUUUCUCAUUUGGUGGGGGUUCAAAAGAAGAAUCAGCUUGUGAAAAAUCAGGACUUGAAGAGAGCCAUCUAAGAAAUAUCAUGUGCUUUUUUUUCUUUACUAUUUUGCUUUCCCAGCUUCCAAACAUAGUUAAUAGAAAUUUCCCUUCGAAGAGCUAUCUGGGGGUGUGAUGCUAUGAAAAGUCACUUAAUCAGUGACUUAAGAUUUUCUCCUAUACAAGGAGAGCAAGAUAAUUUAUUGUGAAUGGUUAGCUGUACAGGAUAGCAGGGAACUGGACCUCUCAGGAUAAAAGUUAUUAAGGAUUUUAAUAGUCUGGGGAGGAAACACAUUCUUUGCCACAGACAGGCAAAGCAACACAUGCUCAUCCUUCUCCCUAUGCUGAGGUACACACUCAGCGCCAUGUAUUGUACACACAUGCACAUUGCUGGUUUCAAGAAAUGAGGCAAUCCUAUUAUCAAAUUCAAUUUGAUGUCAAAUAGCAUGAAGAAGUUACUGUGCCUUAUGAAAAAUAAUGAUCUCUGUCUAGAAAUACCAUAGAUCAUAUAUAGUCUCAUACUGAUAAUUGAAACUAAAAGGAUCUAUAAUCAGCCAAUGCCAAUGGAAUAGGAUCUUCAAUGGAAUAGGAUCCCCUUAAGUUUAGUUGAAAUGUCCCCUUGAUAUAACGUGUCAUGCUUAUGGCACUGUGGAUAAUAUGAUUUUUCAUGUCAAGUUUCCAGAUGAUUUGUAACUUCUCUGUGUCAAAACUUUUAUAAACUUAAAAGUUUUGAGAUAUAUAUUUUAAAAUUGUAGCAAAUGUUUCCUUGACACUUUAAAUAGAGGACACAACAUAUCACAGGAACUUUCUGGAUGAUUCUGUGUUAUCAAGGAGUUGUACUGUAUUACAAUUAUCUCCAGAAUCUCCAGAAAGAUGGAGGGCUGUUUGCCUUUACACUAAAUGGUCUCAGUUGGAUUUUUUUCCUGUGUGUUUGAUACCAGUUUUUUAUUUCCUCUUAAGUAUCUAUGUUCAACUAUAUUCCCAUUCCUCCAUUUUAAUCUGUUAUGAAGGAAGGUAAAUAAAAAUGCUAAAUAGAAGAAAUUGUAUGGAAACUAAGAGUAAUCAAUUUCUGAGUGGCUGCAAAGACACUCACAGAAUCAUAAUCAUAGCUAAACAUUUAUGGAGGGCCUACUGUGGACCAGGCACUGGGCUAAAUACUUACAGUUACAAGAAUCAUUCUGAGACAGAUAUUCAGUGAUACCUGUCUUCACUAUUCAGAAGAUUUGUGUGUGUAUGUGUGUAUAGUUCACUUUUUGUUGCUGAUGAUGUUCUGCAUAAUUGCAGUUACUCAGUGAGUGAUAUCUGGAAAAGUAAAUGUUUAUGACUAUAGGUAAUAUUUAAGAAAACGCAUGUUUCAUUUUUUUAAGUUUGGAAUUGUCUAUAUUUCUCAUGGAUGUGCAGUGCACAUGCCAGGCCUAAAUAUAAUUGUUGUGUGCAUUGUUUGUCUUUGAUGUCAUGGUCCCCUCUCAUAGGUGCCCACUCCCUUUGGGUGCACCUGGCCUGCUCUUCCCAUGUUGGCUUCUUCAACCACACAGGGAUAUUUCUGCUAUGCACCAGCCUUACUCCACCUUCCUUCCAUCAAAAAUAUGUAUGUGUGUCUCAGUCCUUUUAAGUCAUGUCCUUCACAGGGAGAAUUAACCCUUUUAUAUAUAUGGCAGAGUUUUGUGGAAAGAUAAUAGAGUGAAAAGUCAGGAGAUCAGAGUUUUAAAUUUGACUCAGCCACUAACUAGCCAAGUAACUUUGGGAAAAUCAUUCCCCAUUUCUGGUCUUGCUUUUCUUUCUUGUUAAAUGAGAGGAAUGUUAAAUGUCUAACAGCUUAGAAUCUUAUGCUUAUAGUGGUAGCUGUGAAUGCACAUAUUAAAUCUCUAAGCUCUGGUUGCUAUGAGUCAAGGAGUGUAGGCCUUUCCUUUUCUAUGUUGAAUUAGCUUUUUCUCUGGACAAGCUUACAUCUUCCCUUAGCCAUCUUGGUGAGUCCUUUAAGAGCAGUUAUCAAUUGUUACUUAGAGAUUUUCUGUUUAGAGAAUGCUUACGGGAUUCCAAUCCUAAUCCAAAUCAUAUUUUGUUCUUAAGUUUACUGGGCAGGUCCCCUAUUUUAAGCCAUAAUUUUGUGUUUAGUGUUUUCUUGGCUCUCAGAGAGUAUUAAUAUUGACAUUAAUAGUAUAGCUAAUAGUAAUAUUGCUGUUUACAUGAAAUAAAAGAUCUCUGAAUUC